CAUUAGGACUUAUAAAUGACGGUCUUUCUAAUGUGAUCGUGUCAUGUAAUAAUGGUGUUAGUUACUACGAUCCUCGUGGUCUAUGACUAGCUAUAUUUUGCGCAGGGAGCCUAUGAUGGGCGUAUAAUCAGCUGUGGUUACGUAUUGAUGACAUCUGUUCUAUUUUAGAAGCGCCCUGCACGUAAAAGGCAAACUUGUGAUGUAUAGUAGGGUGUCAUGGCUGAUGAUGAACACAGGGGGCGGAGUGGAGGAGCGUGGUCCUCCAUAGAUACCAGUAGAGCGUCCUUAGUAACAGGACAGGCAGCUCGGUGUGCCUUGGUGGUGUGUGUGUCUGAAGGAGCCUGUCACCUAUACUAAAACAUGGGCGAAUUGGUAUUAUGCACAUCAACAGAAUUAUACAACAUCUUGAACCAGUCAACCAAGUUCUCUAGACUUGCUGAACCCAACUAUUUAUGCCUUUUAGAUGCCCGUUCCAAACGAGAGUAUAAUGAAGGUCACAUUAUUACUGCAAGAAGAGUGAAGCAGGAUGAAGAUAAUAAUUUCUUAUUACCUGAAUCUAUUGAGCUGGCUUGCAUGAAAUACUGUGUUGUUUAUGAUAGUCGGACCAAUUCCUUGGAUGGAGACGGCCCAGCUCUGGAGUGUGCGAAGGUGAUUUCACAAGUCUGCCAUAAUCCUGUAAUAGUGCUCAAGGGAGGCUAUGAGGAAUUCUCCGGCUACUACCAUUUCUUCAGAUCACAGAAAGUCUUUUGGAUGCCGCAGGAAAUAGAUGAUUUUCUGCCAUAUCCCAUUGAAAUCAUACCAGGUUUAUUGUACAUGGGAGAUCAUCGCCAAGCAAAUGACCAUCACAUUCAAAAGGAUCUGAAGAUUAAGUCUGAGGUCAAUGUGUCUUUAGAGCCCACACAACUGUCUGUGCCCAUAGUGCACACUGCACUGCCAGAUUCACAGGAUUCUGAUCUCCUACAAUUCUUCCCAGCUGCUUGUCAGUUUAUAGAUUCUAACAUGGCUCCAAACUGCGCUGUUCUUGUUUCCUCUACUUUGGGGAUGAGUCGAAGCAGUACUGUGGUCAUAGCAUAUCUUAUGCAUGCCAGAAAAUCAACGCUGCAGGAAGCUUGGAACCAUGUUCAUAAAUGCAAAAACAACAUGAGACCAAACAGAGGAUUUGUGCAGCAGCUCUCAGAAUGGGAAAAGACAAUUUUGGGACAGCAGUUCACAGAUAUAGGAGAUCCAAAGUUUUAAUGGCCUUCGUGUUAUUUAAAAUCAGGAACAACUCUAAUCAUUUAGUCACUGUAGUAUAUUAUUCAACAUGAGAUUUCAACCACCAGGCAUCCACAUUUUAAAAACAUGUGAAAAAAUGCAUGCGCUUCGUUAAUAACUACUUUGAAGCAACAAUGUAAAUAGUAUACUGGGCGGU